GUAUAUGCUCUUCACAUCAUUUAGACGGUCGCUUGGAUUGGAUAUACCGGGAAUGGGAUCUUCAGCGAGAGAUAAGAAAAACUUUAAAUUUUUCCGCGUUUAUGCCCUUCAAAGACUGCUCUUUAUCAUGAGGGAAUAAUCGAGCGAAAACAAGAACUAUUUUACUCAAAUGUGAAGAAUUAUAGUAGCUAUAGUUGAGACUGUAAUAAGUUCCUGGAAAGAAAUACGAAUGGGAUAAGCAAGUUUAAAAUAUUAUAUUCGGAACAUUUCCCUAAAUUAAUUUGGCAGAUUUACAUCUAAUAUUUUUUGGUCCAAUAUUUUCAGUCUAAUUAUUUAAAAUUUGUUUAAAAAAUAACCUUGUUUAAAUCUUGUUAAAUUGUUUUGUUAAUUCGGAUACAUAGCCUUUAUCAAAAGACUGCUAAAUCUAGCUCUUGUUAUACAUGAUUUAUAUUGGCCACGGUGUGUAAUAUUUUAGGAGGUGAAUCGGUUUUUUAAGGGGUUGCGCGUGUGUAUGGAGAUUGGCGCAGGCACCUGUGCGCAUUCAUUGCAUUUUAUCAGAGGCAGUCAUGGCGAAGUGGUUUAAAGAUUUCCCAACUAGUCUAAAGACCGGAUCCGACCGGAUCCGUUCUGCUUCUGAAUCUGGAACCCAGUCCCGUCCAAAACCGGUGCUGACAGUCGCCACUGGUUCGAAGGGGAGUUUGCGUAAAAAUUCAGCAGCGGACAACGUUGUUGGUGGUAGUGGUGUCGGCUCGCUGCUCCAUGGAAGAAAUCGCAAAAAUUCGGCCAUUGAGCUUGGACGGAACCAAUCAAGUACUGGUUCAACGAAAGACGGGAAGAUAUGGGAAAUCCUGAUCCCUGGAAAAAGUAAGAAGAAUACCAAAAUGGAGGGGUUUGAAGACCACCGCACACUGCGCACAACCAGUCUUGCUGAUGCGUACAUGAGCCGGAUGAUCAAGGUUAAUGAUCCAAAAUCUAGUACGGGAGGAUCAUCUCCAGACAGUGAGAGAGCAAAGUCACCUAUCAAAACAGAAACGAUGAUAAUCUUGGAGGACUAUGCAGACCCAUUUGAUGCAGAAAAAACAAGAGAACAGAGGGAAGCUGAAAGAGAAGGAGAGAAUGAUGGAUACAUGGAACCUUACGAUGCCCAGCUCAUUAUUACAGAGAUUCGCAGACGGGGCUCGAAAGACUUGCUGAAAGUGUGUGUGGUGUUGAACGGAGGCGAGAGCGAGGGGUCAGGACCCCCACAGAUCUAUGAUGUCCCGUAUGAAGAAGUUCUUGAGGGAAUUCCCUUGACCCGACCCGAGUCCGAUUCUAGACCACCUGCAGAGUAUGAACUGCCAUGGGAGUGGAAAAAAGAGCAGAUUGCUAGAGCACUGUCAGCUCAGUUUGAUGGAAUGGACCGUAUGUCUAAGGAAGAGUCUGGUUCUCCUGUUAAACAGCAAACCCUGAGACACAAAAGUUGGACCCCAAAAUCUCUUCGCCAGAAUCCCCCCUCCCCGACAUCCCUAUCAUCGCCCAGUAGCACCCCAGACAAUGAGACACCAAUUGUUGACCCCAAUUUGCCCCUGGAAAAACAAAGUUGGUAUCACGGCAGCGUUAGUCGUCAGGAGGCGGAAGCUCAGCUACAGCACUGUAAGGAGGCCAGCUUCCUUGUGCGAGACAGCGAAUCGGCUACCAGCAAAUACUCCAUCGCCCUCAAGACGAGUCAAGGAUGUGUUCACAUCAUCGUAGCGCAAACUAAAGAGUGUGGCUACACGCUGGAAAAAAGCAGCUGUGUGUUCCCAAGCAUUCCAGAAGUUGUACACCACUACUGCACCCAGCGUUUACCCUUUACGGGGGCAGAACACAUGACCCUGCUGCACCCUGUACCACGCACACACUGAACGCGCUUCUCUGGUGCAAAGAAAUGAAUGUACUAUACUGUGGUGCCUGCCAAUGCUAGCAAAUCACAUGCCAGCAAGCCAAAGCGUAAAACUCGUUUUUUUAACAAUGUGUAUGCAUAUUGAAAUAAGUAAUUUAAUAAGUGGGAU